AUGGCCCCUUCGGCAUCAACGAGCUCCGCCGCUCUCCCAGAACAUUGCUUCUAUUGCUUCGCGGUCAUCGAUCACGAGCUCAAUCCGAACAUUUCGCCCCAGCCGGCUCCCACGUUCACCAACGAUGGUCAGGAGUACCCACUUUUCGUCACCUGGAACAUCUUUCCGCACAGCUCGCUCAAAUCCUCGUCCCGCAGUUCGCCGCCUGUUUCUCGUCUGAGAGGCUGCAUCGGUACUUUUGAGCCGUACCCUCUCGCACAGGGUCUUGCAGAGUACGCAAGCAUCUCAGCUUUCAAGGACCGCCGAUUCUCGCCCAUCACGCAGUCGGAGCUGCCACGUCUCGAGUGCGGAGUGUCGCUGCUCACCGGAUUCGAAGAGUGCGACGACUAUCUCGACUGGGAGGUAGGCGUGCACGGCAUCUACAUCCACCUUCCCAAUCCUGCGCUGGCUCCCAAGCCGCUGCUCAACGGUGGCAAUGAAGACAGCGCCAGCUCGUCAUCCGGUGCUUCCACCCCGGCCCCAGUCUCAGCGAAGAAGUCACGCUUCUCACGAUCGUCAGGCUCCGGGCCUGCCUUCCUGACAGCCACUUACCUACCGGAUGUGAUCCCAGAUCAAGGCUGGACCAAAGAAGAAGCCAUCGACUCGGCCAUUCGCAAAGCAGGCUUCAAUGGCAGGAUUACACCCGACCUUCGCAACGCUCUUCGGGUCAGGCGCUAUCGGUCCGAGAAGGUCGAGUGCACUUAUUCCGACUAUGUCGCCUGGAAGCAGAGCCAGUAG